UUUUCUCCUUCUUGUCUCCUUAAAAUCAAAUAAUUUUGCCCUAGGAAAUGCCUCUUCAACUGGUCCAAGAAUCGUACAGGAAUCUUAUGACGAUUUUUGGACCAAUUCGACCGAUCGUUUAGGGUUUUACAAUUCUGAAUCUCCAAGGAUCCAAAGGUGCCUAGGAAGUAGAGUGUUGUAUACCAAAGAACAAAAAUGGGGUUGAAUUCUACUACAUUGGUGCCAGGAAACACUAAAGAUGAGAAGGCUCUUGCAGCUCAAUAUCAACUAAUGAAUUAUAUGUCGACACAUAUGUUUGUACGUAGAUUGGUGUCUCAAAAGAGAAGGCGGAUGCUUGUUGGUGGAUAUGAUCUUGAUAUGUCUUACAUCACAGAUCGUAUAUUAGCAAUGUCCUUUCCAGCCGAAAGAAUGAGAGCCAUUUAUCGAAAUCCUAUGUGGCAAGUCAAAGAGGUUUUGGAAAUGCGACAUGCUGGACACUACAAGGUGUAUAACUUAUGUAUAGAGCAAGAUUAUGAUCCAUCCCAUUUUAAUGAUCGUGUGGAAAGAUUCCCAUUCGAUGAUAAUCACGUCCCAUCGCUCCCUAUGAUCAAGGAGUUCUGUCAAAGUGUUCAUUCCUGGCUUUCAAGCGACCCAAAAAAUAUAGUUGUCAUUCACUGCAUGGCAGGGAAAGGUCGGACAGGGUUGAUGGUAUCUUCGUACUUGGUUUACAGUGGCUGGUUAGCAGAGGAAGCUCUUCAGGUUUAUGCAGAUAAAAGGACCACAAAUAACCUUGGAGUGACAAUUCCAAGCCAACGACGUUACGUUAAUUACUGGCAGAAAUCUCUUUCGUUUCCGAGCAGCUGUCCGCCGGACGUCAACAUUCCGGAACCAAGUUGCAGAGAGUUUCGACAGAUCCGACUGAUCGACACCAAAAACAUAGAAACAGUCUUCUUCGUUGUGUCACAAAUGCAAGAGGUUUCUGGACAACGAUAUCGUCCAUCCACAGACACUUGCCGGAAUUUCUGUAGAAAAAUUAGAAACGGUGGUCGACACUCUUUCUCCUUUAUCGAGGAAGACGAAGAGGAGACACAGAGUUGCCUCGAUUGCUACUUUGGGAAAACUGUUCAAGUUAAUGGAGAUGUGUGUGUGACAUUCUACGAGAAGAACAUUGGAGGUCGUCUCUUCUAUGCUUGCUUCAAUACUGCUUUUAUCGAAGACAACUCGAUACAUUUUUCGAUAACGGAAUUGGAUAAAGUUGGAAGUAAAGGAAAAUCGAUAGCAGGUCCUGACUUCCGUGUUGAGUUUCUUUUUGGUCCGCCGAACCCUAACCCUAAUGAAUUGUUCUCGGGUCUGACGCUGACCGACGGUAGUGAAGAUAGCGAUUGUGGAGAUGGUUGCAAUUCUAACCGAAAGAAGAAAUGAAGAUGAAAAUUGUGAUGGUUCCCACAAAAAUGUAUAUUUGAGAAUAAUGAUUGGUCAAUAUCGAUGAAAUGUGUAAAUGAAUGGAUUAGGCUUGUGUUUA